GAGGUCUUGAGAAGCACAGAUUUACAAAAGAUAUUAUUGUUCUUGGUGUGAAGGCUACAAAUAAAUACAAUAGGAGUAGUAUAUGCAGAGCUUGUGAUAAAGCUCUUAGUUGGGAAGAUACUCUUAAUAUACAAAUUACUAACAAAAAAAAUAUAACAAAUAAUAAAGCAGAACAUGCUUCUCAAGGUCAAGCUUCAAAAAAGUGUCAAAACUCUUCUAUAUAUGAUCCAGCUAUUCGAGAGUUUUUUGAAUUUUUAAAUCCAAACCUUGUUCUUCUUAGUCAGGAUACUCUAUUUAAUCACAUUCUUAAUAGUGAAAAUAUCAACUUGAAUAUGUCACAUAAGCAAAAACUAAAAGAAGAUAGCAUUGAAGUUACAUUAGCAUUCAAUGGAUGA